CCGCCGCUCGCCCGCACGCCCGCAAGCCCGCUGGAGCCCUGCGCCCCAGGCCCGGCUCCGGCUAGCCCCGGGACCCGCGCCGCUCGCUCGCUAGCUCGGCUGCCCGGGGAAGAUGCGGCUGCUCCCGGAAUGGCUCCUCUUGCUCUUUGGCCCCUGGCUCCUUAGGAAGGCCGUCAGUGCCCAAAUCCCAGAGUCAGAUCGGCCUCAGUACCUGGAGCUGCGCCCAGCCACGGCCGGAGGGGCCGUCCCUGGCCAACAGCUGCCAGCGCCCAGGUCUCCCGAGGGCCUGGGCACGGCCCGCGCCUGGAGUUGGGCCUGGCCCGCUAACCACACAGGGGCACUGGCUCGGGGUGGAGCGACGGGCGCGCUGCCGGUGCCGCGCACCAAGAGGAAGCCGUCCAUUAAAGCGGCCCGUGCCAAGAAGAUCUUUGGCUGGGGAGACUUCUACUUCCGGGUGCACACCCUCAAGUUCUCGCUGCUGGUCACGGGCAAGAUCGUGGACCACGUGAAUGGCACCUUUAGCGUGUAUUUCCGCCACAACUCCUCUAGCCUGGGCAACCUCAGCGUCAGUAUCGUGCCCCCCUCCAAGCGGGUUGAGUUCGGGGGAGUCUGGUUGCCAGGGCCAGCCCCCCACCCUCUGCAGUCCACGCUGGCCCUGGAGGGGGUGCUUCCCGGGCUGGGACCCCCCCUGGGGAUGACUGCUGCAGGGCUAGGGGGCACCCCCCUUGGGGGCGCACUAGCGGGGCCCCUGGGGGGCGCGCUGGGAGUGCCUGGCGCCAAAGAGUCCCGCGCCUUCAACUGCCACGUGGAGUACGAGAAGACCAACCGUGCGCGCAAGCACCGCCCGUGCCUGUACGACCCCUCGCAGGUGUGCUUCACGGAGCACACGCAGAGUCAGGCCGCCUGGCUCUGUGCCAAGCCCUUCAAAGUCAUCUGCAUCUUCGUCUCUUUCCUCAGCUUUGACUACAAACUGGUGCAGAAGGUGUGCCCAGACUACAACUUUCAGAGCGAGCAUCCCUACUUCGGGUAGCGCGCCCCGCCCCCUGCCCUGCCUCUGCCCUUCCCGCCAAAUCCCACCCUGGGGACCCCGGCCCCAUUUCCCGGUCCCCUUUCCGCCCGGCCGCGCCCAGCCCUUCCACUCUGGGAGGAAGGGGAGAAUGGCCCUCCGGAGAACCUUCAGCAGUUGUGAUCCCCUUUUCCUCACGCCACAUUUCCCUGUGUCUGGGAUACCCCGCCUGCCGGGCUGAGACACACUUUAAGGUGGUGAUGGGGAACAGCGCAGCCCCUGAAUCUGCGGGGAGGGAAGACUGUUCCGUCCAACGUCCUCCGGGUCCACACUGGGUUCCCUUAUUGCCCCUGGCGCCGGGUUGUGCAAUCCCUUUGCCCGCAGUUUUACUGCCACUUGCCUGGCACCCUUAUCGCACCCCGCCACCCCGCCCCCCGCGCUCGUGCCCUGCCGCUCCUGUCCCUG